UUCCCUUCUCUCUCUUCACUGUUGUUUGUUCUCUCUUUCAAUUGAACGAUGUAAGUUUCUCUCUCUUUUUUCUAUCAAUUAUUCUCCUGCAAGGUUUAUGGCUUGAUUCAUUAUCGCUCAAAGAGAGAGCAAUUGAAAAACCUCAUUGAGUUCUGCUGAGAUGAAGAGCAUGUUAUGAAAGCUUUCUUCAUUGGUGGAUUUUCUAGACGAAGAAGACAAUGGCUGCGCCGGCUGAGCCUUUCCCAGACGAAGGUGAGGCUGAGGAUGAGUUGGGGGAAGCCCCCCUUGAACGCGGGGGACCUCGCCAGCGAUCCUCGUUCCCCGGGGGGUGCUUUGUUUGCCCUGACCCUGAGGGCUAUAACGCCUUCACUCAGGCUCCUCUCGACCCUGGACCAUCAGGGACUUAUUUCGCCGAUCUUCCGGAGCCUCCCUCUGAUCUACCGGGGCCUCACACUUUCACCACGCCCCCUCCCGUUUCGGCGAGCGGAUCGUCUGUCCUCACCCAACCAGGUGCCCCUGGUGUGGAUGGGGAGCCCUGGGUGACUCGGAUGGUGACGUCUUACGAGCAGCGAUUCAUCCAACUUGCCUCGGGCCUCCCCGUAUCUGACUGGAAUGGCCUUUCGAAUGUUGCUCAGUCGGACCUUGGGGAAACCCUAAGGCGCACCGCGACUUGGGUCUAUAUUGUGGCUAUGCGGUUUGCCGACUCGGCUGACAAUCUCGCAGCACGGGCUCAGGAGCUCGAGAGAGAGCUUAAUGAAACCAAGGAUAAGUUGACAAGGGUUCGGACCAAACUUGCCAACUCGCUAAAAAAGAGGACGAAAGCAGUUGCCAAGGCCUCGAAGCUGCAGGACAUGGUCAUCAAGCUAGAGAGCGAGCUCCAGGGUGCCCGGGCUACCGCGGCUGCUGCGCAGGCGAGGGUCUUUUCCCUAGAGACCGAUCUUGCAGCUGCUAGAGCUGAGGUUGCUGCGUCGCAGGAGAGGGUUGUCUCUUUAGAAGCGGAGAGGGCGACUACUGAGCAUAGAUCCAUAGAGCGCGCCCUCUAUGGCGUAUGGAGGCAGGACCCCAACUUCGACUUCUCCUCCUUUGGCGAGUAUGCCGUGGCCCGGGCGGCUGGGUGGAGCGCCCGAGGCAGAAGGCCCUGAGGUUGCUAUUUCAUUACCUCUGCAAGCCAACCCGUUGUAGAUGUAUGCUCGUUUGAGCCGUUGUAAUAUUAUUGUUAUUACUAUUUUUCUUUUGUAAAUCUUGUCAUGUCCUCAAGACUCCUUUUUUUUUUAAUGUAUAUUUACAUGUGUGGUUAUUUAUCUCUUAUUCCACUGCAUUUGAGGCCCUUUUGAGCCUGUAUGAUGGGAUUUGGCGGGUUCCCUUCAUUUAUUUACCAGGCUGGAGGUCCUUCGGAGCCCAUGUGGAAGGGUUCACUGGGACCUCUUUUGGCGCCUCUUGAUUACUUUUAUAAUUAUAUUUUGACUCUUUGGGUCUUAGCUAUCCUUAUAUAUAUUCUUGUGCGCACUUAUUAUUUUU